AUGACAGAGUAUCAAGGAACAGAAGCAAAUAAUCUGAAAAGUGAGACGAUCAUGGAGCUACCCGAACAAAUAAUCCGCUACGAGAUAUUUACACGACUCCCAGUGAAAUCACUGGUACGCUUCAAAUCCGUUUGCAAAUCGUGGCUAUCUCUGCUAUCCGAUCCGAAAUUCGCAAAAGAACACUACCAUAUCUCCGCCAUGCUAAAUCCUAACGAAUAUGACUGCCUCCUAGCUUUGAAGUGCCAAACUAAACUCGUCAGCCUCACUCGACUUGAAGAAACACGUAUAGUCCCCCUGGAUCGUCACAAUUCACGACAACAAUACGAAUUGAUUGGUUCUAUUCACGGCUUAGUUUGUCUCCGACAGGACAAGGAGUUGUGGCUAUGGAACCCCGCUAUUCAUCAGUCUAAGGAAUUCACAUUACCACGUGCACAUACGCAUGGAUGGAGAAAACCCUCUCGGGAUUACUUCGGAUUCGGUUUUGAUCAUGUAAGUAAUGACUACAAGGUGGUACUCCUCAGUACUUCUUAUGAGAGAAUGUCGUCGGCUUACGUUUAUUCCUAUAAUUCGGAUGCAUGGAGCCCUCUGAUUGUUCCGGAUUAUUUUUGUCCUGAGUAUGUUUUUCCUUUUCCUUGUGAAAGAGAGGUGUCUAUUGUGAAGGAUUGCCCUUACUGGACAUUAUAUUGCAGAAAUUGGUCAGAUGAGUUUGUGGUUUUAAAACACUUGAAGUUCGAAAUUGGAAGUAACGAGUUUAGGUUGUUGCCUGAAUUUCAGUGGAAAAGCGGAAAAUUUACUACAUUAGUAAAUAUGAUGGAUCGGCCUUCUUUGAUGGAUUAUGAACAAAACUCGGGAAACAUUAGUGUGGAUGUAUAUUCGUUGGACGAGGAGAAUGGUGUUUGGAGUAAGAUGUACAGUGUCGGACCAAUUGCUAACUAUGGUUUGAGACGGAACUUGUCACAGGGUUUUAAGUACGGUGGUGAGAUUGUCUUUGAGGCGGGUGGAAUGUUUUCUUACUAUGAUCAAGAGACAGAUAGAAUCAUUCCUAUUCCAGGAGAAAGUUGUUUCAGUGCAGCAAGCUGCUACAGAUACACGCCUAGUUUGGUUUAUCUUGAAGGAAUGACAGUGGACACUCCUUAG